CUUAUAUAUACUGCUACUCUAUUUCCUCUCGGAUCUCAGUCUCUACCUCAAACCACUCCAGAAAAAAUGGCGGUGCCUCUUCUCUCGAAGAAGAUCGUGAAGAAGAGGCUGAAGAAGUUCAAGAGGCCUCAAAGUGACAGGAAGAUUUCUGUGAAGACAAACUGGCGCAGACCAAAGGGUAUCGAUUCCCGUGUUAGGAGAAAGUUCAAGGGAUGCACUUUGAUGCCGAACAUUGGUUAUGCUUCAGACAAGAAGACCCGCCACUAUCUCCCGAAUGGUUUCAAGAAAUUUGUUGUUCACAAUGUGAAGGAUUUGGAACUGCUCAUGAUGCACAACAGGACUUACUGUGCUGAGAUUGCCCACAAUAUAUCCACAAGAAAGAGAAAAGAUAUAGUCGAGAGAGCCGCGCAGCUUGAUGUUGUUGUGACAAAUAAAACGGCCAGAUUACGUAGCCAGGAGGAUGAAUAGUCUAAAUGACUGAAAUUUACUUAUUUGUAGUGAACCUGGUGACACUAGUUGUGACAUUGUAUUUUGAUCAUCUUUUAUUCUCGUAUAAAUUGUAGGACUGAAAUUUACUUGUUUGUAGUGAACCUGGUGACACUAGUUGUGACAUUGUAUUUUGAUCAUCUUUUAUUCUCGUAUUAAUCGUAUAAAAAAUUGCAUUUUGAUCA